AUGGAAGAGGAGGGGAGAGGGAAGGGGAGGGGACUGAGGCGAGACCGGUCGGAUUUCCCAGAAGCGGAAACUGAGGCCCAGCUGGAGGCAGCGCCUUCGGGGUCGCGCAAGACGCCCCCGCAACCCCGCCUCGCCACUCCCCGCCCCCCUCCCCGCCGUCACGUCACUCACGCCCGCUGCGUCCACGUUAUAAAUAGUCUGGCUCCUGUGACCGCCCGCGGCGGACGGGGGAGGCGCUUCCGCCCCGAGAAAUUCAACACAUACGUGACCUUGAAGGUGCAGAACGUCAAGAGUACGACCAUUGCUGUCCGGGGCAACCAGCCCAGCUGGGAGCAGGACUUUAUGUUCGAGAUUAACCGCUUGGACUUGGGGCUGACAGUAGAGGUGUGGAACAAGGGGCUAAUCUGGGACACGAUGGUGGGCACCGUGUGGAUCCCCCUGCGGACCAUCCGCCAGUCCAACGAGGAGGGCCCUGGAGAGUGGCUGACACUGGACUCCCAGGUCAUCAUGGCAGACAACGAGAUCUGCGGCACCAAAGACCCCACCUUCCAUCGCAUUCUCCUCGAUACCCGCUUCGAGCUGCCUUUAGACAUUCCUGAGGAGGAGGCACGCUACUGGGCCAAGAAGCUGGAGCAGCUGAAUGCCAUGAGGGACCAGGAUGAGUACGCCUUUCAAGAUGAGCAAGAGAAGCCUCUUCCUGUCCCCAGCAACCAGUGUUGCAACUGGAAUUAUUUUGGCUGGGGUGAGCAGCAGAACGAAGACCCUGACAGUGCGGUGGAUGAUCGUGACAGUGACUACCGCAGUGAGACCAGCAAUAGCAUCCCGCCACCCUAUUACACCACGUCACAGCCCAAUGCCUCCGUCCACCAGUAUUCCGUCCGUCCACUGCCCCUGGGCUCCCGGGAAUCCUACAGUGACUCCAGGCACAGUUAUGAAGAGUUCUCGGAGCCACGGGCCCUCAGCCCCACUGGCAGCAGCCGCUAUGCCUCCUCGGGAGAGCUGAGCCAGGGCAGCUCACAGCUCAGUGAGGACUUCGACCCAGAUGAGCAGAGCCUGCAGGGCUCUGAGCUGGAGGACGAGAGGGACCGGGACUCCUACCACUCGUGCCACAGCUCAGUGAGCUACCACAAGGACUCACCGCGCUGGGACCAGGACGAGGAGGAGCUGGACGAGGACUUGGAGGAGGAUCUGGAGGACUUCCUGGAGGAGGAGCUGCCUGAAGAUGAGGAGGAGCUGGAGGAGGAGGAGGAAGAGGAGGUGCCAGACGAUGUUGAUCUGGCACGGGGUGGCUACUCCAGGCGUGAGGAGCCGCCGGUGUCUGAGCCCAAGGACUUCAAGCGUAUCAGCCUCCCACCGGCCAUCCCCGAAAAGGAGGAUAAGGCUCCGGCUGCACCCGCCGAGGCCCCCGAUGUGGCCAAGGUGGCCCCCAAGCCAACUAUGCCUGAGGAGGGACCCCUGGCUGAGCGGAUGACCAAGCUGGAGUCCCCCAAGGCAGAGGAGAGUUUCAGGCCGCGGGAGGAUCAGGAGGGUCAGGAGGGUCAGGACUCCAUGUCCAGGGCCAAAGCCAACUGGCUGCGAGUCUUCAACAAGGUGCGGAUGCAGCUGCAGGAGGCCCGGGGAGAAGGAGAGAUGUCAAAAUCCCUGUGGUUCAAAGGCGGUGGGUCCCUCGUCCAGUCCCGGAAAGCGGGCAUUACCUCUGCCUUGGCCUCCAGCACGUUGAACAACGAGGAGCUGAAAAACCACGUUUACAAGAAGACCCUGCAAGCCUUAAUCUACCCCAUCUCGUGCACGACACCGCACAACUUCGAGGUGUGGACGGCCACCACGCCCACCUACUGCUACGAGUGUGAGGGGCUGCUGUGGGGCAUCGCGCGGCAGGGCAUGCGCUGCACGGAGUGCGGCGUCAAGUGCCAUGAGAAGUGCCAGGACCUGCUCAACGCCGACUGCCUGCAGCGGGCCGCGGAGAAGAGCUCGAAGCACGGGGCGGAGGACCGCACGCAGAACAUCAUCAUGGUGCUCAAGGACCGCAUGAAGAUCCGGGAGCGCAACAAGCCCGAGAUCUUCGAGCUCAUUCAGGAGAUCUUCGCCGUGACCAAGACGGCGCACACGCAGCAGAUGAAGGCGGUCAAGCAGAGCGUGCUGGACGGGACGUCCAAAUGGUCGGCCAAGAUCAGCAUCACCGUGGUCUGUGCCCAGGGCUUGCAGGCAAAGGACAAGACAGGUUCCAGUGACCCCUAUGUCACUGUCCAGGUCGGGAAGACCAAGAAACGGACAAAAACCAUCUACGGGAACCUGAACCCUGUGUGGGAGGAGAACUUCCAUUUUGAAUGUCACAAUUCCUCAGACCGCAUCAAGGUGCGAGUCUGGGACGAGGAUGAUGACAUCAAAUCCCGUGUGAAGCAGCGGUUCAAGAGGGAGUCCGAUGACUUCCUGGGGCAGACGAUUAUCGAGGUGCGGACACUCAGCGGCGAGAUGGACGUGUGGUACAACCUGGACAAGCGGACUGACAAGUCGGCCCCCUCAGGGGCAGGCCAUUUGUGUCUGCAUCUGUCUCUUCCAGCUAGCUCUGACCCCCUCUUGCCACCUUACACUCUCCAUGACAACACCUCAUCACCCGCACCCCCGUGGCAGAACUUGUUCCACUUCGUGACGGACGUGCAGAACAACGGGGUCGUGAAGAUCCCGGAUGCCAAGGGUGACGACGCCUGGAAGGUUUACUACGAUGAGACAGCCCAGGAGAUUGUGGAUGAGUUUGCCAUGCGCUACGGCGUUGAGUCCAUCUACCAAGCCAUGACUUACCAACAGAAUAACUUCCCAGCCAGCAGCCCAGAGAGACUUCAGGACCUCAAAUCCACCGUGGACCUUCUCACCAGCAUCACCUUCUUUCGGAUGAAGGUACAAGAACUCCAGAGUCCACCCCGAGCCAGCCAGGUGGUGAAGGAUUGUGUGAAAGCAUGCCUCAACUCUACCUACGAGUACAUCUUCAACAACUGUCAUGAACUCUACAGCCGGGAGUAUCAGACAGACCCGGUAAAGGCAAAGCAGCCCAUACCAUCUGGCUUCUGUCUGCCAAGGUUUCACACACCUCUGACCUUCACCAGGUUUCCCCAGGAGCUGAACGUGGGUAAAAUCAGCGCUGAAGUGAUGUGGAAUCUGUUUGCUCAGGACAUGAAGUAUGCCAUGGAAGAGCAUGACAAGCAUCGCCUGUGCAAGAGUGCCGACUACAUGAACCUCCACUUCAAGGUUAAGUGGCUCUACAAUGAGUAUGUGGCAGAGCUUCCUGCCUUCAGGGACCGCGUGCCCGAGUACCCCGCGUGGUUUGAGCCCUUUGUCAUCCAGUGGCUCGAUGAGAACGAGGAGGUGUCCCGGGAUUUCCUGCACGGGGCCCUGGAGCGAGACAAAAAGGAUGGGUUCCAGCAAACCUCGGAGCAUGCACUGUUCUCCUGCUCCGUGGUGGAUGUCUUCUCCCAGCUCAACCAGAGCUUUGAGAUCAUCAAGAAACUUGAGUGCCCUGACCCCCAGAUUGUGGGGCACUACAUGAGGCGCUUUGCCAAGACCAUCAGCAACGUGCUCCUCCAGUACGCGGACAUCAUCUCCAAGGACUUUGCCUCCUACUGCUCCAAGGAGAAGGAGAAAGUGCCCUGCAUCCUUAUGAACAACACUCAACAGCUACGAGUUCAGCUUGAAAAGAUGUUUGAAGCCAUGGGAGGGAAGGAGCUGGAUGCUGAGGCCAGUGACAUUUUGAAGGAGCUUCAGGUGAAACUCAACAACGUCUUGGAUGAGCUCAGCCACGUGUUUGCUACCAGCUUCCAGCCGCACAUCGAGGAGUGUGUCAAGCAGAUGGGUGACAUCCUUAGUCAGGUGAAGGGCACAGGAAAUGUGCCAGCCAGUGCCUGCAGCAGUGUGGCCCAGGAUGCCGACAACGUGCUGCAACCCAUCAUGGACCUGUUAGACAGCAACUUGACUCUCUUUGCCAAAAUCUGUGAGAAGACAGUGCUCAAGCGGGUGCUGAAGGAAUUAUGGAAGUUGGUCAUGAACACCAUGGAAAAGACCAUUGUCCUGCCACCCCUCACUGACCAAACGAUGAUCGGGACCCUCUUGAGAAAACAUGGCAAGGGAUUAGAAAAGGGCAGGGUGAAAUUGCCAAGCCACUCAGACGGAACCCAGAUGAUCUUCAAUGCAGCCAAGGAGCUGGGUCAACUGUCCAAACUCAAGGACCACAUGGUGCGAGAAGAAGCCAAGAGCUUGACCCCAAAGCAGUGUGCCGUUGUCGAGCUAGCUCUGGACACCAUCAAGCAAUACUUCCACGCGGGUGGCGUGGGCCUCAAGAAGACCUUCCUGGAGAAGAGCCCGGACCUGCAGUCCCUGCGCUAUGCGCUGUCUCUCUACACACAGGCCACCGACCUGCUCAUCAAGACUUUCGUGCAGACGCAGGCGGCCCAGGGUUCGGGUGUGGAAGACCCUGUGGGUGAAGUCUCUGUCCACGUUGAGCUUUUCACUCAUCCUGGAACUGGAGAACAGAAGGUCACAGUAAAAGUGGUGGCUGCCAAUGACCUCAAGUGGCAGACUUCUGGCAUCUUCCGGCCGUUCAUCGAGGUCAACAUUAUUGGGCCCCACCUCAGCGACAAGAAGCGCAAGUUUGCCACCAAAUCAAAGAACAACAGUUGGGCCCCCAAGUACAACGAGAGCUUCCAGUUCACACUGAGCGCGGACGCGGGCCCGGAGUGCUACGAGCUGCAGGUGUGCGUCAAGGACUACUGCUUUGCGCGCGAGGACCGCACCGUGGGGCUGGCCGUGCUGCAGCUACGCGAGCUGGCCCAGCGCGGGAGCGCCGCCUGCUGGCUGCCGCUCGGCCGCCGCAUCCACAUGGACGACACCGGCCUCACGGUGCUGCGCAUCCUAUCGCAGCGCAGCAACGACGAGGUGGCCAAGGAGUUCGUCAAGCUCAAGUCGGACACGCGCUCCGCCGAGGAGGGCGGUGCUGCGCCUGCGCCCUAG